GACAUACCUAUUUUUCAGGUAAAAAAAAUGUUUUGUUUCUUCUUAUCUCUUCAAAUAGACUGAUAAAAAAGUAUACGCUGCCAACUCUCUUAAAAGUCCAUUAGCCUCAUUUCGAUCAAAAUAUCAAAAUAUAAAAUUGAAAAAAAUUACAUGUUAAAUCGAACCAGUACCGUGUCGUCGCAUCCAAGUGCUAAAAGGAAGAUGUCAACACCAACAAGCGACUCAUCUCCGCCACCAGAAUUUUCCACCAUCAAUUUUGCUGCCGAUAGAUAUCCCUAUUGCAUUGUUUGGACACCAAUUCCCGUAUUGACAUGGUUCUUCCCAUUCAUCGGACACAUGGGCAUUGCCAUGUCCAAUGGAGUUAUUCGUGAUUUUGCUGGCUCGUAUUUUGUAUCCGAAGACAAUAUGGCCUUCGGUCGACCAACUCGUUAUUUACCAUUAAGUUUAGACAAUGUUGUUGGAGGGCAAUACGAAUGGGAUGAAGCUGUAUCUAAAGCUUCAGUUUUGUACGGAACUCGAAUGCAUAAUCUAUUUUGUGACAAUUGCCAUUCACAUGUUGCUACAGCUUUAAUUGGAAUGCGAUACAAAAAUCGUACCAAUUGGAACAUGAUUAUUUUGUCGUUUUGGGUAUUCUUCAGGGCAAAGUUUGUGGGAAUCAUGGGAUUCGUUAAGACAUUCCUUCCUUUUCUAAUUGUUGUAUCUCUUUGUGUUAUUCUAUCUGUUUAUUUGUAGUUCAAUAUUUGUUUUUAUGCCCUCAGUAUUCUUAAGCAAUAUUAUAUCAAAAUGUGGAAGGUGAUUGAUAAGAAUAAAACUUAUCUACAAAAAGACACCUGGUGACAAAAUAAAAUAAAAUACAGAAUCUUAAUCUAAACUAA